CACGUCACGAUGGCUCCCUAUGAACUUCGAUCCGGGGGUGAUGUCAAGAACAAGAAGCAGAGUGUCGCCGACUUGAAAUAUCGUCGGUUGACCGAGCUCAAUGGUCGUCUAAAGGAGGAUCUGGACCGUCCACGGGUCAAGGUCUCCGAGGCAGCUCUUUCUCUCAUCAGCUACUGCAACAACACUCGCGACUUUAUGGUUCCAUCCGUAUGGGGACAGGUCGACAAGCGCGAGGAUCCCUAUGCUCCUCAGCAACAGGGGGGUUGCUGCACCGUCAUGUAAUGCACUCACGACGGGAGUUUUUCGCCA